AUGGCCUUCAACUUCAACUGGUCGCCUCUCACGGCCGACGCAGAGUUCUACCAGCGCGCCCGAGAGCUGCUCACGACCGCUCUGAACAAGAACCCGAAGCCUCCGAUUAUCGUCGAUGAUAUCCUCGUUACCGAGUUCAACUUGGGCUCCGUGCCCCCGGAAUUGGAAAUAUUAGAGAUUGGCGACAUUGCCGAGGAUCGAUUCCGUGGUAUCUUCAAAAUGUGCUACUCGGGCGAUGCCUUCUUGACCUUGAAAACGAGGGUUCAGGUGCCUCCCUGCACGCAAACUCCCGAGACGAAGCUCGGGUUCGCAGCCGCCGCCGCAAUGAGCUCGCCAAUGCCCGUAUCACGACAUCACAUUCACGAGUUCGGGACCAUUCUCGUUCCAGUCAUUAUCGCAGUGCGCCAGAUCAAUUCUGCGUCGCGAUCAUGA